UAACUUUAAAAUUUUCUUGCUCAAAAAUAUACAUAAAUCAAUUUAAAUAAAAAUAAUUCGCUGUUAUAUUUUAUAUAAGAUUUUAUUGUCUGCAUAAAAAACUGAUCAAAAUGUUUGGUCUUUUGCGCUCCAGUUCGUUUGGCAAUAUUGUCAAAACUGUUUGUCGUAUCCUGCCUCAGUACCGCACAUACGUCUCGCCGGCACUAAACCAAAUGUUGCAGCUGCAACAAACGGAGAUAUGUGCAGAUCCUCCGUCUCGCGGGCUAGUGCUGGGUGUAUACGCCGACGAAGAAGACAAAACCGAUUCGGGUAUUUUGACCCCGGCUGCUUGGCGUUACAAUGUUCAAAAGACGGCUGGACGUUUGUUGGAAGUGUUGCGUAUAUCGGGACCUAUGCCGAAACGAGGCGAAACGCGCAUUUUAUUUUCGGUCGAGCCUGAAAAAAUUCCCUACUACUCGGCUGUGGCUGUUGUAGGUUUAGGUAAGGAAUGCUUAGGAUAUAAUUCUUAUGAAGUGAUCGACGAGCAAAAGGAGGCGAUACGAAGAUCAGUUGCAAGAGCGUGCAUGGAGUUGGCUUAUCUUGACACCGACCGUAUUGAGGUCGAGAAUUGUGGUCACGCUGAAUCAGCAGCAGAAGGUGCUGCACUGGGCGUAUGGGCAUAUCAAGAGCUGAAGGACACCAAGCGUCGCAUUGCCGUUCCCUCUAUUGAUUUGUAUACACACAAGGACGAGAUAUGUGAUAUUGAAGGUUGGCGUAUUGGGUUGCAAAAGGCCGCAGCUCAAAAUCUGGCACGCCAAUUACAGGAAAUGCCUUCUAAUUUACUCACUCCCACCGCAUUUGCACAAACCGUCGUCGAAGUUCUAUGUAAGUCGGGAGUGAAUGUGGAGGUGAAGGUCGAGGGCUGGGCAGAGUCCCAGUCAAUGCACGCGUUCCUGUCGGUGGGUAAGGCCUCCUGUGAGCCACCGAUUUUCUUGGAGCUCAGUUAUUAUGGAACUUCAGCCGAAGAUCGACCGAUUGUACUAGUGGGACAAGGUAUCACUUACGACUGUGGUGGUCUUUGCUUAAAGAAGUUACAAGAGAUGCUCCAUAUGCGUGGCGAUAUGACAGGCGCAGCGGUGGUGGUAGCUGCAUGUAGGGCUAUUGCAGGUUUGCGUUUACCGGUGAAUAUCCGAGGUCUGAUUCCACUUUGUGAAAACGUUAUUGGUUGCAACUCCUUCCGACCUGGCGAUUGCACAAAAUCCAUGAAUGGAAAGUAUAUCGAAAUUCAGGGCACAGACCAUGAAGAUGUGCUUGUGUUAGCCGAUGCACUUUUAUACGCUCAAAACUUCUGCCCCAAGUUCAUAGUGGAUAUAGGAACCACCUCGGGUCAGAUGCGGCAAGCUCUGGAUGAAGCCGCAUGCGGUAUUUUCACAAACUCAGAAAUUCUUUGGCAACAAAUCAAACAUGCCAGUAUGCAUACUGGUGAUCGGGUGUGGCGACUACCCUUAUGGAACUACUAUUCCAAGCUAGUGACGCACAGUGACGCCACCGAUGUGCAGAAUUAUGGAAUUGGGCGCGGGGGUCGUCCAUGCAAAGCAGCUGCCUUCUUGAGAGAGUUCGUUCCCUGUGGACAAUGGAUGCAUAUCGACGCUACUAACGUUAUGGUGACCAAUGGUAAGGCCUUCGAGUACAUUCGCAAGGGCAUGGCUGGGCGGCCAACUCGCACUUUGAUUGAGUUUAUUGCACAAACCAUUUGCAAAGAUACAGCGCCAAAACUGAAUCCCAAGAAAUAGAUGACAAUAUGAGGGGAAAUGAGGACAAACUCAGUGAAGGCGAAGCGAUGUUUGAGUUUUUUUU